AUGGACCAUACCACUGAGAGUGGUUUUAGCGAUGUCCCGUUGGAGCAACUACUAAAAGAGCUACCGGUAGAAGACAGUGACUUGGUUCCUUUGACUGUUCUUGUCGAGCGUAUCACAAAUAAUGCAUAUCAGACGAUUCAGAGUCUGAGUGAUACACUUCCAUCGUUACCCAGUGGUGCAAAACGUGUCAAGAUUUUUAGGACAGCACUAGAAUUACGCAGGUUGUUCAUCAAACUGCUUGUUAUUGUCCGAUGGUCAAAGGAUGUCGAUUUGUUCAACAGGGUCCGGAACGUAGUUGCUUUACUUGUUGAGCAGCAAUGGGCUCAUGAAGAUGUGUUCUCUGGCCUCACACAGGUGCGAAAAAUCAUGCCGAACGCACGCAUUAGCGACGCUGAUUUUGUCACAGCUAUUGAUGUACUGCGUACUGGGACUUAUAGGCGCCUACCUUCUUGCAUUAAGGACAGUGCAGUGUCCCCGAAACCCAUUGACAACGAAGAAGCUUUGCACACGCUGGCUAACCUUGACAAUGUCUUGCAGAUUCGUUUCACCUGUUCAGAUUACGUUCCGAUGGGUCUCCGUUUGCAAUGUAUUCAAGACGGAAAGGCAUAUUUAGAAGCACCUGAUUUAUACAAAAUGUGCUUGACAGUAAGUGGUCCGGAGGAACAUGACCGCUGGUGGCUCUUGGACUUCGAAUUUCUGGACAAGCUUGGUCAGCAAGAGAGCCUUGUGCCUAAUCUUACGGAGCCUUUUCUCGAACAUGUACUCGAGUCAGCAGAGUUGAUACUCUCCUCAGAGUAUAACAAGGAGGAACAGUCUACUCUGAUGCGGCUGCAUGAUAUGCUUGAGCAAGAGGCACUCCAACGACAGUUGCAUAUCUUGCACCAUCAAACACAGAGGAUGGCCCAGUUUAGUUGGGGGAAAAACAUCCGAUAUUCACUCGACCCAAUGGCUCACAUUCUGGAAGUUUAUUACUGGGUUAGCCACAGUGAAGGCAUGAAGGACAAAAGCAAGCUUCAAGGUAGACUUGGUCUCCAGAUUGUAUCUCAACCUUUAAAGGGGCAAGGUAGGAUCUUGUCUGAUAUUCUUUCUGGAAACCAAUCACCCAUACAUCAGAACAAUAUCCAAGUCCAAUGGCAUAUUGAUCCCAGCUUACAAAUUUAUCUGUCGUCGAAGGAAAAAGAGUGCAAGUUGGAAUGUCUCGAUAUGGAAACGCUACUUCUAAAAUGCAUUAGCAUGCAUACUCUAGCUCUUAUGAAGCACCUCGAGUCAGAUGUUCAAAGUCAUGAAGGUUUAGGCGCUGGAAAUCCGAGUCUAUGUCGCCUAUGCACACACAAUGAUAGCGGCUACGGGCCAAGGUAUUCACUAGAGCUACGGCUUUCGGACACUGUACAUGUCAUGAUGUAUAUUCCGACAAUCUCUGGUAAAAUUGGAUUGAGGCUCCUCGACCGGAAUGAAAAUCGGAACAAUAUGAUUCUCUCACUAAGUCAAAGUCAGAACGCAACCUUGCAGCGUAUGGCAGAUCAGAUUCAGGCCGAUCUAUCAAGCUUUGCAGACACUCUAUUCACGUUCCGUCUCCAGUGCCUCACGCGAAGUCUCCAGCUUCAAAUCUCCUGGCUUGGAUUGCCUUGUUCUACUUCUAUUGCUCUUAGGUCUGAAGAGCUUAAAAAGUUAAGCUUACAAAACGGUCGUCCGCUAUUAUACGUGCCGCUGGGAAUAGUACCUGGAUACUACUUGAUGUUGUAUUUUGCCCCUGAUCAACAGUUGGGUAUGGCGAUGGUACUGAUUGCGUCAGUUAUUGAAAAUGGCAAGGCUCUGCAAGUGAUUAAUUCUGUCAAAUGGCUUGAGAAAACAUACUUGUCUCUCUUCAUCGUAUCUGGUGCCUCUCUGAUCAACAGGUCAAUACCUCCAGAAGGUGAUUCCACGGCUAAAGAUCGGAUACGUACUGAAGAGUUAGAAUUGGCGCUUAAUUACUGUUUGGCAAUUGUUGUUUAUUCUCACUUGGAGGAACAGUUAAGACUGAAACUCGUACCAUUUACCCUUGUGGGUGGUACGACUAGCUCCCCUUCAUCACCGACUAGUGGCCACGAUCCAUUGCUUCCAAGUCUGUGUGUUCAAUCUAAAAAAUUGCUUCCAUCGUUCGAGGAUUUGGUAAGUCCCAACAUGUCUUUACAGCUUUGUGAUUGGUGGCUUCCGUCAAAACGCAGAGUUGUUAUCAGCUUGAAAGUGAGGUUAAAUGGUGAAUUUAAUAUGGAAGAGGUGCAACUUUACGAUGGAAUGGUCUUAAAUCUCCAAACUGGUAUUCUCACUUUUUCAUGCUAUGACUUGACAGCGGCUUUAAUUAAAUUUCAACAAAGUUGGGACCAAAUUGCUCGUAUGUGCACUUUGAUAAACGCUAGCACUAUAUGGAACCAGCCCGAUUUUCAUGUUUCGCUGGAGUCUUUGGCUCUGCAACAAGUCAAGUUUGUAUAUGGGCCGGAGGGAUACGGAAAAGAUCAUAAACGCUACACUAUUCAAGUAACGUUCGAAAAAAUGGACCGAGCUAAUCUGGCUCGCUAUACACUGGACUUUGGUUUACAAACUAAUGAUAAAAAUCACAAUGAGCGGAAGGCCCUCAAUCCUCAUCAGCAUAUUUUGAAGAUCUUGGAGCGUAACUUGAAUUCACUCGAUAAAAAUACAGACAUUGUCUGGCAACUCAUGUUUCAGGUGCGUACCUCUAAGAUAUUCUAA